AUGCCAAACACAAGAAAUCUGAAGCACCUCAACCUCAACUUGUGUUGCUCAAAUUCCACUCCUCCAGAAUCAGAAUCUCCUCCUAUGAGCCCUAUUGGAAUUGCCACUUCCUCAUCCCAUCACAAUAUUCAUCGCAACACUAAGUUUCCAACGCCUUCAAUUAUGAUCAAGAACUUCAACUCUCUCUAUGACCCUACCUUAACCUCUUACCACUCUUUCUCUUCCUCUUUCUUCUCUUCAGCUACCACCACCACCUUUGAACCCGAACCAGAAUCCGAACCCGAACCAGCGGAUUUCGCCACCGCCUUUGCCUCUCAACGCUUCUUCUUCGCCUCCCCUGGCCGUUCCAACUCACUCAUUGAAUACACGGACACUCAACACUUACCACCCUCAUCAUCGUUGAGAGAAGAUGGUGAGAAGAAGAAUGAGAAUAAGAAGAAGGAAAAGAAAGUGUUGUUUAACGGUAGCGUGGCGGUGCCAACGUACUCGCCGGAUCCUUAUGUAGAUUUCCGAAGGUCGAUGCAAGAGAUGGUGGAAGCGCGUCCUGAGUUAAUGGAUGUGAAGUCGAAUUGGAACAUCUUGCAUGAGCUUCUUCUAUGCUAUCUUGCGCUCAACCCAAAGAGCACCCACAAGUUCAUUAUUGGUGCUUUUGCUGAUCUUCUUGUUAGCCUCAUGUCUUUCUAG